UUGGAGAGAUCUGGUACCAUCAACCUCUAUCUGAAUGGGACACUGUAACUAAAAUAGGGACCUUGAUUUGGUUUUGAUGACUCUUUUAGCUGCAAAUCUCAUGACCCAUUUGACAGUGUUUUGCAGAGGUAUUUAUGGUGGUGAGAAGAAAAGAAGGCCCAGUGCAACUACAACUGCUGCUUUGCUCAGGGGUUUCUUGGAGUAGCAUUAAAGACUCACUGGUCUUGAUCUUCAUUGCACACCACCUAUAUGACAAAAGCUCCAAAAGAAGAACUUUCUUCAGAGAAACAAAAAGGAAGAACAUGACUUAUAUGCUUUGAUUGUUUUUGUUUGAGUCAGAAAAGAAAAGAAAAUGGGUUAUCAUAGUCCUGUGUUUUCCCACAUGAUGGAGAUUUUCAUCAUGUUUCUUCUCUUUUCAUUACUCAAUACCUCCCACAUUUUCACUGCUAAUGCUUUAUCAGAUGCAGAGGGCUUUAAUAUUCAUGGCCUACAUGAGGUUUAUCAUUCAACGGAGGACAAUGAUGAGGGCACGCAGGAGUUGCAGGUUGAGAAGGUUUCUGGGGAAGAUGAGAGUGAAGAACAUAAGAUUCCAGUGGUGGAAAAGUUCAGGGCUUUGCUUGGAUUGAGGAGCUUACACAAGAGAACACCAUCAAUUGGUGACAGAGAAAAUGUGUCUCCAUCUCCUUCCCCUUCACCCCUCUUUGAAGAUGAGCCUCCAAGUCCGGCUCCUGCUCCGGCCCCGGUGGUGCACAUCCACCCACAUUCACGUCGUCCACACCGGUUGCGCUCAAUCUCACCACCUCGGAAAAUUGUUAAAAAGGAUGAUGAUGAUGGCAAAACCAGAAAGAUACUCAUAGCUGUUCUUGUUUCAGCUGGAGCUGCAACUUUGAUUAGUGUGCUUGGCCUCGUUUGGGGUUGCAGGAAGUACAAAGAGCACAAGAACAAACCCACAAGAGUGAUUUCAGUUUACGGCGAAAAGGGAGAAGGAACAAGCAGUGGAUCAAAGUAUGUUGGUCCCCAAAAACCAGCAAGCAAGGUUAGUUUAAACCCUGGCACUCGUGAUCACAUUUAUGUUGAUUCAUUAGGCACUGAUGAUGUAGAGCAACAACAACAGCCCUCUUGUCUUAAGCAACAAGCCUCUCACACUUUAAAUGCUUCACCAAGUCAUUACACACAAAGAUACGCAUUGAGUGAGAUGGUAGAGAACGAGUCUAAUCAAGAUAUGGUGAAACCGGAUUUUGACAAUGUUAGUAGUUCUUCCACAAGGGAAAUUACAUCUGUUCAUGAGGAUAAUCUAGAAGACUCAGUCAAGUAUGAGUCUGACUGUGCCUCAACUGGAGUUAAAGUAGUUCCCGUUCGUGCUUAUUCUUCUGAUGAGGAAUCCUUCCAUUCUUUUGGAGAUUCCAAUUCAUCAAGCUUUCGCCUUUCGAAUGCUUCAGCGAGUAGUCUAUGCGACAAUGUAGCAGAAAAUAUGUCCACAAAUGUGCCAAAUGGAGAGCCUUGUUUAGCACCCUCAUUUAUGAACGCACCAAAUUCAUCAGCAACCACAAACCAAGCUUCAAUUCCACCACUAACUGCACCAUCUUCUUCCAACAAUGCAAAGAAUUUCACUACUCCUCCAACCCCUCCCCCUCCACCACCUCCACCAAUGCACUUUCCUACUUUCAGUUCUUCUGUAAGUUCAACUCGAAUUACAUCCAAAGCUUUGAGCUCUUCCACAUUGCAAAAUCUAUCACCUCCAAGAAAUUCGGAUUCUUCGUGUGGAUCAAACCAAGUCUCAGAAGUUGGCUUGCCCUUUUCGCCUCUAAAUUUAUCAACACCAUCUCCAACUCCGCCUCCUAUUCCUCCACCACCUUGCCCACCUCCCUUUUCGAAAGCAACUAACAGCUCUGCCAAAGGUCCACCUCCUCCAGGACCUCCACCAUUCCCUCAAGUCACACCAUUGGGAAAAGAUGGAUCUCCAUUGCCUAAAUUGAAACCGCUACACUGGGACAAAGUCAGAGCUGCACCUGACCAUUCUAUGGUAUGGGACAAACUAAGAUCAAGCUCAUUUGAGUUUGACGAGGAUAUGAUUGAAUCACUUUUUGGAUACAAUCUCCAAAACACAAUGAAGAAUGAUGAAGGAAAAAGCAAGACACCUUCUCCAAGCAAGCAUGUCCUUGAGCCAAAGAGAUUACAAAACAUUACCAUACUUUCAAAAGCCCUGAAUGCUACUACUGAGCAAGUAUGUGAAGCACUAGUACAAGGACGUGGAUUGUGUUUGCAACAACUUGAAGCACUUGCAAAGAUGGAGCCAACCACUGAAGAAGAGGGAAAGCUCUGUGGCUAUAAAGGAGAUAUCAAGGAACUAGGGUCAGUUGAGAGGUUUGUAAAGGCAGUGCUCAACGUUCCUUUCGCCUUUCAGCGAGUUGAAGCCAUGCUUUACAGAGAAACUUUUGAAGAUGAGGUGGUUCAUCUCAGAAACUCCUUUUCAGUCCUAGAGGAGGCCUGCAAGGAACUGAGGUCAAGCAGGCUGUUUUUGAAGUUACUGGAAGCCGUGUUGAAGACAGGAAAUAGGAUGAAUGUGGGAACGAUUAGGGGAGGUGCCAGAGCAUUCAAGCUAGACGCGCUUCUAAAACUCGCUGAUGUAAAAGGCACUGAUGGUAAGACUACCUUGUUACACUUUGUGGUGCAAGAAAUAAUAAGGGCAGAAGGGAUCAGAGUUUCGGAUAGCAUAAUGGGGAGGAUCAGCCAGAAAAACAAAAUCAAAACUGUUGAAGAGAAGGAAGAAGACUACAGAAGAAUGGGGUUAGACCUCGUAUCCGGUCUGAGCACAGAACUCUACAAUGCGAAGAAGACGGCUACAUUGGACUUGGAUGUUCUUGCAAGUGGUGUUUCAAACCUAUCUGAUGGAAUGACCAAACUAAAGCAUUUGAUAAACAAAGAGUUGGCCAUGGAUGAGAAAAGUGCAAACUUCGUGAUCUCCAUGAAGUCGUUCAUAAGCUACGCAGAGAAGAGUUUGAAGGAGUUGCAGGGGGAUGAGAAUAAGGUGCUGUCACAUGUGAAGGAGAUAACAGAGUAUUUUCAUGGAAAUGUGAGCAGAGAAGAAGCAAACCCGCUUAGAAUAUUUGUGAUUGUUAGAGACUUCUUGGGCAUGUUAGACCAUGUCUGUAAAGAGCUUAGAAGCUCAAAAGCCAGCCGCACCCCAAGUCCUCUUGCUCCAUUCAGAUAAAUUGUAGAUAUAAGAUUGCCUGGUGUGUUCAUAAGAUGCAUUGUUCCUUUCACAAAGCAUGCAGACUGUGUAACUUGACUAUGAAUUUUGAUGUAGAAUUUGGGAGCAUUUGAUAAAUUUUCUUACCUUAAGCA